AUGACAUCAAAAUACGGACUGCUCGUGCUAAAUAGUAAAAAUGUGCAAAAAUUAAAACAGCUGUUCACCACGGCGGCCGCCAGUUUGAGCUCUAGACUUUAUGUCAGACUAAACCCGGAUACUGAUCGCACCGACGAUUUGGUGUCGAAAAUCUACCUGAAUUCGGCGAAUUUUUGCCCAAAAAUCGACGUUCGCCUGGUGGUGUCGGAAAUUCCCGGGAAAAUCGAUAAUUAUGAGUUAAUUGGCGAAGAAAAAUAUGAGAAAUCUAGUGGAAAAAGCGAGAAAAAGUACAAAAAAGUGGUGUUGGGCGGUACAUUCGAUCGGCUACACAAUGGACAUAAGGUUCUGCUGAAUAAGGCCGCCGAGCUGGCAUCCGAUGAUAUUGUUGUGGGAGUUACUGAUAAGGAAAUGAUUGCGAAAAAAUCGCUGUUCGAAAUGAUCGAACCGGUUGAGAUUCGGAUGAAAAAUGUGGUGGAUUUUGUGGAGGAUAUAUCGGGAGAAGCCAUUUGCCUCACCGAACCAAUAAUCGAUCCAUUUGGUCCGUCGACCCGAAUGAGCCAAUUGGAUGUGAUCAUUGUGGAAUUAGUCGAAGGAAACGACGAGAUUCUGAAUGAAACGAAAAUCUCGUCGAGUUCGCGAAGACGCGCCGAUUUGGGACGUCUUCUGAAGCCGACGAGAGAGGUGCUACGUGGCGAAAACGGUGGAAAACCGUAUUUAAUUGGGCUGGCAGGUGGAAUUGCUUCCGGAAAAUCACAUAUUGCUAAGUAUUUGAAAGAAAAGCACGGUUUCGAUGUGAUCGAUUGUGAUAAGCUGGCGCAUACAUGCUAUGAAAAAGGCAGUUUAUUGAAUCAAAAAAUCGCCGAACACUUUGGAAACGACAUUGUUAUCGAUGGAAUUGUCGACAGGAAGAAAUUGGGAGGAAUCGUUUUUUCCGAUAAAUCGAAAUUACGAGAAUUGAGUGAGCUGGUGUGGCCAGAAGUCAGAAAAAAGGCGACGGAAAUCGCGGAUCAGUCGACAGCUAAAGUUGUUGUGAUCGAAGCAGCGGCCCUAAUUGAAGCCGGCUGGCACGAAGCUCUCGCCGAGACCUGGACCGUGUUCGUCCCAGCCGAAGAAGCCGUCCGACGCGUCGUCGAGAGGGAUAGCCUUACAGAAUCCCAGGCAAAAGAUCGAAUGUCAUCGCAAAUUUCGAAUAAGCAACGCAUCGAUGCGAGCAAUGUCGUCCUGUGCUCACUGUGGAAACACGAAGAGACACGAGCACAAGUCGAUCGAGCCGUCGAGGAACUCUUGCAGAGAAUUUGA